UGAGCGCAGGCGUACGAGCCGGAAGACACGACAGACGUCUGCGAUGGAGUACUUCCGAAAAUACCUUGGGGGACCACAAGAAGGUGGUCAACCCACUGGAGCAGAAACGGUUGAGAGACUUGUAGACAGAGUUCAGUCUUCCACAUUACUAGAUGACCGCAGAGAUGCUGUACGAGCUCUCAAAGCCAUGUCCAAGAAAUUCAGACUGGAGGUUGGUACACAGGGAAUGGAUAUCCUAGCAAAGACUUUAGAAGCAGACAGAGGUGAUGCAGAAAUCACAGGCUAUGCACUUGAUGCCCUUUGCAAUAUCUUGUCCAACGAACCAUUGGAUGAUGAUGACGAAGAAAUACAAGAAAAUGUUCCAGAUGACCUAGGAAACCAAUUUACAGAAAUAUUUAUAAAGAAAACUGACAAUGUUCCAGCACUACUGUCACUAUUGGAGGAAUAUGAUUUCCACAUCCGUUGGCCAACUGUACGACUACUUACCAUUCUUUUGACGAACAAAGGCAAAGACCUACAAGAUAUUAUCCUAGUCAGUCCUAUGGGUGUGUCCAAACUCAUGGACCUGUUAUCAGACAGCAGAGAAAUCAUCCGCAAUGAUGCUCUUCUUCUGCUAAUUCAGCUCACCAAGAACAAUGCAAACCUGCAAAAGAUUGUUGCUUUUGAAAAUGCGUUUGAGAGAUUGUUUGAUGUCAUUACAGAGGAAGGUGACAGUGAUGGAGGUAUCGUAGUAGAGGAUUGCCUACUUUUGCUGUUAAAUCUACUAAAAAACAAUGCAUCAAACCAGAAUUUCUUCCGAGAGAGCAGUUUUAUACAGAGGUUAUCACCUUUCUUCAAUUUGAAGUCUGAUCAGCAAGCAUCACAGCCGGGUUGGUCAGCACAGAAAGUCACCAAUAUACAUAAAAUGUUACAGUUGGUUCGCACGCUAGUGUCUCCUAAUAGUCCACAACAGCAGAUGUCAGCAUGUCAAAGAUCCAUGUUUCAGUGUGGCUUGGUACAGCAGUUAUGUACCAUACUGAUGGCUAGUGGAGUGCCCGCUGAUGUCCUCACAGAGGUAAAUACCGGUCAUAGUCAUGUAGUUCUAGAUAUCAAUGGGCUGUUACUGAAGCAGCCUUUCACACUGAGAUGUGCUGUCCUCUACUGUCCAGUCUAACAAUGAUUUGUGUAUUACAGACCUGCCAUUGUUGUAUUGCUGAUGUCCAUGGUGAAUGAGAAGCAGCCUUUCACACUGAGAUGUGCUGUCCUCUACUGUUUCCAGUCCUUCCUGUACAGGAAUGAAAUCGGCCAGUCACAGAUAGUCCAGACACUACUACCCACAUCCUCUGACGCCAACACGAUAUCUGCGGGUCAGCUACUCUGUGGGGGACUGUUCAGUGCUGACUGCCUGUCCAACUGGUUUGCUGCGGUGGCCCUGCUGCAUGCAAUCAUGGAAAACUCCACUCAGAAGGAGCAGCUCCUGCGGGUCCAGCUGGCUACCAGCCUGGGAAGUCCACCAGUGUCCCUGCUGCAGCAGUGCUGCAAUAUCCUGUCCCAGGGUGGUAAGAUCCAGACCCGAGUUGGGCUGCUGAUGCUGAUGUGUGGGUGGAUGUCUAGCUGUCCAAUCGUCGUGGCCCACUUCCUCACUAACACGGCCAACAUACCAUUUCUGAUAACCCAGGUGUCUGCCUCGGAGAGUGAUGAGAACGAAACCUUAGUCCAGGGAUUGUGCUCAUUUUUACUCGGAAUAUGUGUCCUUGAUAAUGAUGAUCAAAAUGAAACAUUUAACAGAGCAUCUUUACGACAGAUAAUAGAGAAGAGAAUUGGUUUAGAAUCAUUUUCUGACAAGUUAACACAAAUACCAAAGAAUGAGAGCUACACAAAGGCAGCUAAAAAACCCAAUUUUACCUACAAACACCCAAGUGAGGUGGUGUUUGAUUUUGAAUUCACUAGAAUAUUUAAAUCCCUAGAAGUUGAUAUUUUAAAUACCGUCUCGCCUAAUGCUAAUGCUGCAGAACACAAACAGAAAAUUGCCAAUUUGCAGGAACAUGAAAAAGUUGUUAACCAAUACAAAGAACUCAUACAAGAACAGGACACACAGUUGAAGAGUGUGAGUCAAGAGUUGGAGCUGUUACGUUCACAAAAUGGGGUAUCCACAGGUCAAUUAAGUGAUCUACGGGAACAGGUGCAACAGCUGAAGGAUCAGAACGCACUUCUCAAGGCUCAAAAAGGUUCUCAAGGAGCAUUUUUAGAUACAAAGAAAGAAGAUGACCUCAGAAACAUACAGGAAGAAUUAGAAAGGCUUAAGUUAUAUGUAUCAGAAAAAGAAACGGCAAUAGAAAAACUGAAAGGAGACCUGACGGUGUCCGAGGCCAAGGUGUUGGCCUAUCAGACAGACGGGGAGGAGGACAAGGAGAACAACCCCAGUGAGGUAGCUGUCUUACAGGCCACAGUCAACAGAAUCAAGUGUGACCUACAGGAGGCCCAGCACAUGUUGAAGGAGAGGGAUGCUGAAGUCUCCCGACUCACUACCAAGCACAACGAAGCACAACGACAGAUAGACAAUCUGAAUAACAUUAAAAACGAAAAUUCAAGUCAAGCUGGAGGAGGAGAUACAGUGUUAUUACAGGAAGAAAUUCAAAAGAUUUCCAGUGAAAAACUGGCAUUACAGGAAAGACUUACAAAGGCCAAUGAAGAAAAUCUGAAUCUUAUAGACAAAGUUAAUAAAGCUCAAGAGGAGACCAAACACGUUGCUAAGGAUAAGAGUGAGGUCGAAGAAGAAUUAGAUAACCUUAAAAAGGAACAGGAAGAUCUGUUAGUUUUAUUGGCAGAUCAGGACACCAAAAUAGACACAUAUAGGACCAGGUUAAAAGAUCUUGGGGAACAGGUGGAAGAGGAUGAUGAUGAUGAUGAUUUGGGAGAUGAUGACACAGAUGAUGAAGAUGACAACUGAAACAAAGCAUAUCAUAGUGUAAGUGCCUUGAGUACUGCAUUAAAGCCCUGUGAUACAGAUGAUGGACCUCUAGGGAUAUCAGGGACUGGUUCCAGUAUCCAUUGUGCACCAGAAUUGGAAUCAGCUUCCUUGUGCUACAUGCUUGACUGUAGACAUUUCUAGAGCAUUGAAAGUUGGGAGAUUAUCAUUUUGUUGAAAACGACUGAAAAUUGACCAAGCGUAAAAGCACCGCAACCCUUUUUUGCAAAGAGAAAAUAAUAUACUGACACUUCUAUUUCUAUGAUCAUAAUUGUAUGAAAAAUAAGUGCUGCAAAGGACAGAUUGACUGCAUUUCCAUGUAACAUUGAACUGUCGAGAGUUUUUAGUGUUAGGUAAAUGUAGUAGUCAUUGUAUGAGAAGGAAUUUUGGGAUUCAGUAUUUAGGUUUGUUAAUCAAUGAAUUCUAUGAACUGUGUGAUAUUUGUGCAAUCUGUUUCAAUAUUGUUUUUGUUUUGAUCGUUGUGAAGGUCCUUUUUGCUGUGGUUGAAUUCACAGAAUUCCUGUUAAAAAAACAAUGUUAUGCAUUCAACUUAAUUUUCACAUCAGCUAACCUGAAAGUUUUACUCUAAAUUCAAAUCAUACCCAAUAAGUAAUCAAAACAAAACUAUACAAAUCAACGUAAACCAAGAUGGCACUCCCAUCACGACGUUGUUGCAGGUAACAUUGAUUCACAAAUACGUUGUUUGUACCAUGUGAAAACAAAGGGGAAUUUAUCAGAAUUUGAACCUGUAGAAAUACAGACCUUUGAGAUUUUAAAGUUACUUUUUGGUGACCUUUUGUCAAAUGUGCCGCCAUCAUGUGACCCAGCCAUAUUUUUACAUUUGUAUUUGACCAAUAUGACCUAUGACCUUGUACAUAUUGCCCUACACAACGAUAGGCAGCAUCCUCGGAGAAUCUUGUUGUUUAUUUAUUGUUUACUGAAGGAUAAUGUGUUCUUGAGCUUGGAAUGGAGAAUUUGAGAAUAGAAUAGUAUAAUAUUCUUAUGUGAAAUUGAAUGAUUGAAAAGAUUCAUAUCUGUUACAGAUGUUUACUGAAACAGUAGAUCAGGAAUCAGAAGCCUAGUGACCUAUAACUCGUUCUUUGCUAUGGUGCCCGGUUUGGUACAUGUGUAAUUAUGUCUCGAGAUAUUGUCGACCUUAUGUAGGUUUCUGUACUGCUUGAACUCUAUUAUAGCAGUUUGUCUGAUCUAGAUGAUCAUCAGACAAAGAAUUUUGUUCCAACAAUGACAAUGAAUUUAAAGUAGACCAACCAUUUGGAACAUACUGGAAACUGGCUUAAUUAUUUGGUUGCUGGAAUGUCAAUUUUAGACAGAGCCACUGUAUUUGUACAAACAUGAAUGAGAAUUAAAUUUGUAUCUGGUUUACAACUCCAUCUGAGAUAAACAUAUCAGUAUUAAUGGAAACCUCCCAAAAUAAUUGUUGAGACCUUUUAGUGGUAUGUUCCUAAUCCUAAGGUAAUAUUUCCCUGUUCCUAGAUGGUUGGAGAAAAGCUACAUACUGGAAAAAAGCAGGUGCCCACCCAACGAAAGAUAGAUUAUCAAUAGAGUGUACCAUAGUGGUACAAUAUCAAACUUUCUCAUACAUUGCAUAAUUAAAAAGAUGUAUCAAUAUGUUGUGUUAUGCUUAUCAGUGCUAUGUGAGUUAGGUGUAAUUUGUGUUCGGCUGUGAGUAGAUUCUAGUGGUUUAUGCUUUAGAAUCCGAGAAGAUUGCCCUGUCAUACCUUUUAUUAUUUUGAAGUAGAAAUUAUGCCUUGUAACCAAGAAGUACUCAUUUUCAUCUUACUCUGACCUUCAUGUGUGUUUGUACUCAUGUUCAAAAAUAAAAAUGAAAAGCACAAGUCAGUGUGUGUGACCAGGAUAAACUGCCAUCUUGUUUAGUGCAUAUAACAUCCAAUAAUUGUAUGUUUACAGUAUUUACUAAGAGAAACAAAUUGUAAAAACUGCCAAAGUUAGUGUGUGCAUCCCUCAUCAAUCUGGUCAUUUAAUCAUUCAACUGCUACAGUUGGUAUUCAUAGUCAAUAUAAAUAACAACUGAAAAUGACAAAUUCCAUGUGAUGUAGCAUACCAGCACUUCUUGUUGAAUUUGUCAUUUCUAGUUGGCAUUCGUAUUGACUGAAUGCCAACAAAAGGUAGUUCAAUACUUAUAUUUACCAUUUUUGAAGUACUUUGAUCUAAAAAAUGAUUUGUGGGUAGUGUGCAGUUUAUUAGAUGGAGCAGUCAUCAUCCAAGGAUGAUUGGUGGUGUCCAAUGGUACAAUUAUAACACACUAAUAAUGUCAACAAUAGGGCCUUACCAUCCAUUGCUCUAUACAAUGUAAUGGUCAUCUGUGUUUUGGUAGAAUUACAUAUUGGCAAUGCCACACAGUGGUAAUAUAUUGCAUAUAUUUGACAGAACUAGUGUAAAUAAAUAACAACCAAUCUACUUGUUGGCGAUACACCAGUAGAGGUACAGUAGUAUUAUGUGAGGUGUUAUAUGCAGUGACUGAGUAUUGGACCUUGAGGUGAAGGCAAGCAGUACCUGGAAGUUGCUUUUCGUAUCGUUUAUUUAACCAUUUCUUUGACAUAGUUUUAUAUCAAUUGCAUCAACAAUAUAGCCAAUAUAUGCAUAAUUGUGGGAAGACAAAUGGGCGAGAACUCCCAAUUAAGCUGUGGAUGUUUGAAAGUCUGUUGUUUGUGUAAGUCAGUUUUAAUAAUGGUAAAAAAUUGAGGGUUUCUUGAAUAUUUUAAUGCACAGAUCAUGAUGUAAAUUUUAAAAUAAUACCUUGUACAUAUAACUGUAUUAACCUAUACAAUGGUUGUUUACAACUUUGAGAGAAAUAAAAUGUAUUACCUAAGGUAUGUUAAACUUA